CCAAAACAGUGGGCUCACGCGACGUCGUCGCUGAUUGACUCGUCGGCCCGACGCUUAAUCCCUUGCUAAACCCUUCACGGCCAUGACAGGGGAGGAGCCCUGAGAGAGGGGAGGACGGAGGAGCCAUGUUCAGGAGUAGCCGAGCGAUCUCGUCGUUCCUGAAGCGGAACAGAGCUCUGAAUGGCUCCUACCGAGACGCCGCGACGCUGCCCAGGCCUCCGGCCGAGCACCCUCCGUACGGGUUGCUCGCGUCAACCGCCGGGAGGAACUCGUUUCGCGUGUUCGACUCGCUCCCCAAGGUGAGGCAUUUGCCGCUAGGGAGGAGCAUGUCCACCACUGCGUCCGUUCCCUUGCAGAGCAAAGAGGGGUUGAAGCUGCUCGUGACUGGAGGGCCUCAAGCUCAAAAGUGGGUUGGAAUCUGGCUUUUUGGGUCGGCGGCAUGGGUAUUCAGUAUGGUGUUACUAGGUGGUGUUACGCGUUUGACUCGUUCCGGUCUUUCCAUGACUGAUUGGAAAUUUGGCGGUGGCCUUCCUCCUCUGUCUGAUGAGGAGUGGUUGCUGGAGUUCGAGAAAUAUAAGCAGUCUCCUGAGUAUAAUCGCAUAAACAGAGGAAUGAGUAUUGAAGAUUUCAAAUUUAUUUACUGGAUGGAGUAUGCCCAUCGGAUGUGGGGAAGGGGUCUGGGAAUCAUGUUUGCUUUGCCAUUUUCGUACUUCCUUCGAAAGGGAUACAUCACUCUACGCCUUGGGCUGAAACUCUCCGGUCUUUUCGCUCUUGGUGCCGGGCAGGGUCUAAUUGGCUGGUGGAUGGUUAAAAGUGGUCUAGAAGAGCCGCCAUCUGAAUAUGCUCAACCAAGGGUGAGUCCAUAUCGUCUUGCGGCUCACCUAACUUCAGCCUUUGCCAUUUACUGCGGCCUUUUCUGGACUGCUCUUUCCGUCGUUAUGCCGGAGCCACCUGCCGAAUCAAUAGCUUGGGUUGGUGGGGCGGCAAAAGUUAAGAGAUUCACCCUUCCUUUAAGCUUGCUGGUUGGUGUUACAGCCAUCUCAGGAGCCUUUGUCGCAGGAAAUGAUGCUGGACAUGCAUUUAAUACUUUUCCAAAGAUGGGGGAUACAUGGAUCCCUGAUGAUAUUCUCGAAAUGAAGCCAGUAAUUCGCAAUUUCUUUGAGAACACAUCAUUGGUGCAGCUUGACCAUCGCAUUCUUGCAACCACUACAUUGGUUGCAAUCGGCACUCUUUGGUGGUCAACCAGAAAACUAGACAUACAUCCAGCAGUUCGAUCAUUGAUUGGCAGUACUGUUGGCAUGGCUGCUCUUCAGGUGACUUUAGGGGUAUCCACUCUUCUAUCUUACGUGCCUGUUUCGCUAGGCACUGCACAUCAAGCCGGGGCUCUGACCCUUCUCACCCUCAUGCUCCUGCUAAAUCACACCGUGCGUAAGCCGUCACCGUCCCUUCUCAAAUCUCUCCCUCAGAUCGUGAAGCCAACUACAUGACCAUAGUCCGACGAUUCUUGUAAGGCUAUUGUUACCUUGUUUCCUCGUCAUGUUUCAACUAUUACCCAAGUUUUGGCAAACGAAAUAGGAUCCUGAUCUUGUUCUAGUCCGAACAACUUGUGGUGUCAUUGGCCUGUUGCUGUUUAGUCGCCUUUGACUCCCAUGGUAACAAAUUGUAAUUCGAGAAGAGAACAAUUCCAUUAUCAUAGGAUGGUUUGGAUAACAAGAGCAGCCGCUUGUAUAUAUGUACAGAAGUGGAGACGUAUUUGUGCAGGGUCAACAAAUUUGACGUUUCAACAUCAAAAUUGAUAUAUAAGUCUUUCUAGCUAGCGUGGGAAAUAGGAGUGAUGUUUGUGUCAAGUGUUAACGUGAAAUGCAAGAUGUAGACCGACCGACUCAUAUGCUCAAUUUUCAACUUUCAAUUAAGCCAUG